UGUAUUCAUUAAUCCUCUCUCUCCUCUCUCUCCCUCUCUCUCUCUCUUUCUCUCUCUGUUAGUGCUUUGCUUGAAAUGAACCAACAGCAUUCCUAUCAAAUGGGGUUCCUGUGCCUCUAUUCAGCACCUGCUGCUGCUGCUUCUUCUUCUUCUUCUUCUUUUUGCUGAUUGAAUUUGUGUGAACGGCUAAAGGGAUUUUCAAACCAUCUGUUUGUGGGUGAUUUUUUGACUGUUGGAAAUGGCACCACAAACUGGGUAUUUGAAAGAACAUGAAGGAAUUGUCCCCAAUUCCCUUGGUCAGUUGUCAUCUUCUCCUGCUCGUCUGUGGAGUGCCUUUGGGCAGGGUUCCCAAACAAUUUUUGGGGAUUUUGGUCAGCUCAAGGCUUCCUCCAUUGAACAACUUGGGAGUAAUGGGAAGGAGUUUACUGGUGCAAAACAAGCUGCCCAGGUUUCUGAGCAUGGUUUGGAGAAAGUGAACACAGCCCCAUUUUCCAUCUAUCCUGGUGACUGUAAGAAUUCUGUGGAUGCCCAAAAACCUUCACCAGUUUUCUCCCUGCAAUCGCCCUUGUCAGAAUAUCAUACUCGUUUUGAGCUCGGAUUUGGCCAGCCUGUGAUAUGUGCAAAUUAUCCUUACAUGGAACAGCAUUAUGGCAUCCUCUCUGCUUAUGGACCUCAAAUACCAGGACGGGUUAUGCUGCCAAUGAGUUUAACAACUGAUGAUGGACCUAUUUAUGUGAAUGCAAAGCAGUACCACGGAAUCAUUAGGCGCAGGCAGAUCCGUGCCAAGGCAAUGAUGGAGAACAGGCUUGCAAGAACUCGUAAGCCAUAUAUGCACGAAUCACGUCAUCUGCACGCGAUGCGUCGUCCACGGGGAUCUGGUGGCCGUUUCUUGAACACGAAGAAUCUGAAAGAUGGGAAAAUUUCUUUGGAAUCAAAGAAGGUUGAUAAUGUGAACCUUUCUGAGUCAACUGGCUCCCAAUGUUCUGUAGUUCUGCAGUCAGAGAGUGGAACUUUGAACUCCCCAAAUGAAGCAAAGGGGAGAGGUUUCAAUCUCUCGAGUUCUGAGGUGCCAAGCAUGUUCUCGAGGGGACUGCAACGUUUUCAAAUCAGCCAUCUCAGACCAUCGAUGCAGUCACUGGCAGAGAUCAUUGAUGGAGGAGGGCAUGGCAUGGUUCUGCCCAAAUGGGUUGCAGCAGCUGACAACUGCUGCGACCUUUGUGUUUGACAGCGAAGACAUCGGGUUCUAGGUGCAAAUUGUUGCACCAAGACCCGUCUUUAUAGCAACCAAAUCCAGCCUGCUGCAUUGUUGUCAAUGGCAAUUGUCUCAGGCUUCGCGUUGAGGAUAGACCCGCGUUUGGUUGCUAUGGCAAGUCAUUUUUGGCUCUAAUCAAUAGGUUUAGGAUGUUUCUCUUAUCACUCUGUUCUGCUUCUCAAUAUGAGAGGUGGAGCUAAGAGAAACAAAAGAAUCAUCAAAUCAGAUAUCAAGUAUGAAGUAAUUGCAGUAGAUCAAAAAGGGGGUUUGUUCAAGAAUAAGAGCAUCAAAAAGUAUGGAUUCUGCACUGUGUUUGUGACCCUGAAAGUAGAACAAGAAGAAAGUCUAUGAAGUUUAGUGUUUGGUGUUCAAAUUCAGACAGUUCUAAAGCAAUUUGUACUUGAGAAACAAGCUUGGUUUGUGGGUUUGCUCAAGAACAACUGUUAUGUUUAUGUUUGUCUUUCCUUUUGUGUGUAAUAAGAAUAUUGUCUUGACAAUAUCAUCCACGCCUUUUUCUUCUAGCACAGUGCCAUAUCUUUGUUUCCAUAA